GCUCGCAGACACGCGCUCGCUCUGCCUCCCCGGCCGGCCCCCCACGCCGCCGCCCGCCGCCGCCCCCGACUCCCCAAGGGUCCCGACUCCGGAAAGUGAGGGCUCUGGUGGACAUUCUGAGGCAUCAGGCUGGGCCUGGGACCCGCCCGGACCGGGCACGAAGCAGCUCCUUGACCCCGGGGGUCGGGGGCCCCGACAGCAUGCCCCCGAGGACGCCCAAGACCCUCUACAACACCGUGAAGCCCUCCAAUCUCGAUAAUCUGCACCACAACUACCUGCACCUCAACGUCAACAGCCCCAAGCACCAUGCCGCCACGAUGGACUGGCGUGCCGCUCCACCACCCAGCCCCUCCUUGCACUACUCCACGCUGUCCUGCUCUCGGUCCUUCCACAACCUCUCACAUCUGCCCCCGUCCUAUGAGGCCGCUGUGAAAUCUGAACUCAACCGCUACUCCUCCCUCAAGAGACUGGCCGAGAAGGAUCUGGAUGAGGCCUACCUGAAGCGCCGGCACCUGGGGGAGAUGCCCCGCGGGACGCUGCCCCUGCACACUCUUCGGCGACCUGGCACGGGGGGCGGCUACCGCAUGGAUGCCUGGGGCGGCCCCGAGGAGCUGGGCCUGGCGCCCGCGCCCAACCCGCGGCGCGUCAUGUCCCAGGAGCACCUGCUGGGCGACGCGGGCCGCGCGCGCUACGAAUUCACCCUGCCGCGCGCGCGCCUGGUGUCGCAGGAGCACCUGCUCCUCUCGUCGCCCGAGGCCCUGCGCCAGAGCCGGGAGCACCUGCUGUCGCCCCCGCGCAGCCCCGCGCUGCCCCCCGAGCCCGCCGCCCGCGCGGGUCUGGCCGCGUCCCAUUCCAACUUGCUGCUGGGACCCGGGGGGCCCCCCACGCCGCUGCACGGGCUGCCCCCGCCGCCCGGCCUGCACCCGCACCACCACCACGGUCUGCACGGCUCGCCGCAGCCCGCCUGGCUGUCGGACGCCGGCGGGGGAGGGGGCACGCUGGCGCGCAGGCCGCCCUUCCAGCGCCAGGGCACGCUGGAGCAGUUGCAGUUCAUCCCCGGCCACCACCUGCCGCAGCACCUGCGCACCGCCAGCAAGAACGAGGUGACCGUCUGAGGCCAGGCCCGGGGGCUUGGGGGCUGCGGCCUCGCGGGGGCCCCCAGCCCAGCCCGGAUCCCUCAACACACUCCAGGGGCCUGGGACCCAGGAUCAGCCUGUGGCCAGGGGGCUGCCUCCGAGGACACUGCUUUGGAUGAAAUCGUCACCGGAGACAAAACCUCCUUCUGGGAUGUCACGGUAGAUAAGAUCCCUCCUCCUAUGUCACCGUUUGAGGCAAGGCCUCUUUCCCAUGACGUUAUCACAGAGGAAGAGCCCUGUCUGUGAGCUCAUCACUAGUGAAAAUGUCUGUGUUCUGUGAUGUCAUCACAGGGACAAAACCUCCUCCCCAUUAAUCCGUCACAGAAGAAUAGGCCCGCUCCUGAAGUCAACACUAGCGGCCAUGUCUAUGUUCCAUGAAGUCAUCACAGACUUUCUUCCUGGGAGGUCACAGCAGAGGCAAUGCCUUACCCUAUGACAUCAUCCCUAGAGACAAAGAUUCCUUCCUGUGAAUGUCAUUGCAGAGACAAGUCUCACCCUUAUGAUGUCAUCUCCGGCACCAAAAGGCCUCUUCUGACAUCAUCGCCAGGAAAAUAUUUUCUUCUGGAGAAGAUGCCUCUGUCUAUGAUGUUGUCGCUACAGACAAAGCCAUCUUCCUGGGACACAUCGCAAGCAAAAUGCCUUGCCAACUGUGUCCUCGCUAUCCAUGGGACUGUCCACGACGUUGUCACAGGGACUCUGCCUCCUUCCUGUGAUGCCAUCUCCAGAGAAGGUGCCUUGCCCUAUGACAUUAUCAGAGGGACCGUGCCUCUUCCCGUGAUGUCAUCACCAGAGGUGACAACCUGCCCCUGGGGCACUCCAGGAUGAGGCCCCUUCUGUGGUAUCACCACUGGACUCUGCCUGCUUGGAGAUGAUGCUGUAAGACACCUGCACUGCUCCUGUCCUAUCAUGAGAAGGCAGGGCACGCCCAGAAUCCAUGACAACCCCCCAGGGUCACCAGAGAAAGUGCCCUGAGCUGAGACAUCUGAGGGAUGUUGUUGCUGCGGAGGCAACCCCACCCGGAGAGAACGGUCUGACUGUAGGUUGUUGGCCCCCGCUGAGGUUCUGUCCCGGGAUUGUGAUGACAUCACCACAGACACUGCCUGCUCUGGAGGGCCAUCAUUUGUGAUGGUGUCACCGGAGUUUCUGCCUUGUCCUGCCAUGACUUCUCUUGGCCACUCCUGUCCCAGACAGCAACGACAUGCCCUGCAGGACUUCCACCAGACUCUCCCUCUAAAGGGUGGCUGGGCCUCAGACUCCAUCCCUGUGCAGUGAUGUCACCUCCUGUGUGACUCCUCAAGGACAGGACUCCCAAGGAGGCCACUCUGGCCCACCAGCCUCCCGGAGUCGUGGGACUCGCAGCGGCCCAAAAGCUGGCCUCGCUUCUUUCUGCCAUAACGAGAGACAUCAUUGCCUCUGUCAACAAACUCCUGGAUUUCUGUUGGGGGUGAGGUGGGAUGGGGUUGGUUGGGGUGUGCCCACUAUUGAUUUGGCUGACGAUAUGAUCGGUGCCACAGACUUCCACCACUCAUGAUGGCAUUGUACCUGGGGUCAAAUGCUAACCAUGGCUGAUGAUGACAUCAUUUCCCAGGAUUCCCUAUGACCUACGGUGUCCAUCUCCCAGGAUCUACCACAACCAUUGUAUCAUCUCCUAGGACCCAUCAUGACACAUUAUGUCAUUACCUUCCAGAAUCCUCAAUGGCUGAUGGUAGCAUCCUCUACCAGGAUCCACUAGCACCGAUGAUGCCACCAUUUCCCAUAGUCCCUGAUAACUGUGGUGUCAUCACUUCCUAGGACCCAUGAAAGCCAAUGCUAUCAUCACCUCCCAGGAUCCACUUCAACCAUGAUGUCAUCACCUCCCAGGACCCAUUUCAACCAUGGGGUUAUCACCUCCCAGGAUCCAUGAGAGCUAAUGGAGUCAUCACCCCCCAGGAUCCAUUUCAACCGUGAUGUCAUUACCUCCCCGGACCGACUCCCACCAUGGUGUCAUCACCUCCCAGGAUCCAUGAGAGCUAAUGGGGUCAUGACCCCCCAGGAUCCACUCCCACCAUGGUGUCAUCACCUCCCAGGACCCACCAUGACCAUAGCAUCAUCAUCUCCUAGGAUCCAUGACACCCAAAUAUGUCAUCAUUUACUAGGAUCCACUUCAACCAUGUAUCAUCAUCUUCCAGGAUCCAUCAUCUUGAGGGCCAAGUACUACAAUGGCUGCAUUUCAGUUGUUUUCUGGGGUCCCAUGGCACCUAUAAUCGUUCCCGUAAGGGGAACUAGCACAACAACACACCAUUUUCCUAUUCCCUCAAAAACGGAAUAAGGUGAGGACCCCUCUGAUGACAUCAUCCUUAGUCUGCCCCUUUUUAAUGAUGUCACUGCCUCUCCCCUGACUUAAGCUGAUGCCUGCAUCAACCCCACCACAGACCUGGUCUUGGCCAGACCCCAUCACCCCCCUGGUGAGGGCAUCCAGGCCCCUCCUGAUAACUCACAGCCCUUCACCCAACCAUCUCAUCGGUGACAGGGUCAACACAGAUACCUUUUAUCAUCACCAGGGAGUGUGUAUGUGUGGGGGGCUUUACAGGUCUCAGGUGAUAUCACUGCCCCUGUUACCUGGACCCCUAUCCAAAACAGCACUCCAUUGGCUUGGGCCAGACUUGACCCCAUGGGCUGGGUGGGCAGCUGUGGCCUCUCUGGGGCCUUCCAUCAUGUCUUCUGCUGGCCUGAUCGUGGAGCAGGCCCAUCUUGAGGGCCACAGCCACUGCCAGUGCCAUGGUGGGGUGGUGAUCUGCAUCAUCUCAAGACGACGGAGAGGUAGUGUUCUCCCCCUCCCUCCCCCUCACACACCAGGGAGCCUCCAGGGGUUUUGGGGAUUCCUCAACACCCAAUGCACAAUCUGCCCCAAUUCCCUUUGUAUAUAGCCAUGUUGCUGGGGGGCGGCCAUUCCCCCACUUUUAAAGGGCUACAUACCCCCUCCCCAGCCCCCAAGGCAAGGCGAGGGGGCCUCUUCUCCCUUCUCUGGGCCGUCCCUCUCCCUCUUGUCUCCCCCCCCCCCCCCCCCAGUACUGGCACCUCAGCUCAUCCCUUCCCGUCAGGAGCCUGGGGCAGAGAACUGGCCCUCAGCUCCCACCACACCGGGGGAACUGGGGAGCCAACCCCAUCUACCUGGGCCCCAGUGCCAGUUUUUUGACUUCAUGCUUAUGGCUGCUCCUCUGGGUUCCUCCAAUCCCUCCUAGGGCCUCGCCGCGCCCAGUGCCCCUCAGGCAGACUGUGACUUCCCAAGAAAGGAGCCAGCUUGGGCACCUGCCCCCCUUGCAGACCCUCUGCUCACCUUCCCCACUGAGCACUCAGCUUUCUCCAGCCCCCAGAAUUUGGGGGUUUGGGAUCUUUCAGCUUUUGUACACGCCCCCACACACCUCAACUUGCUCUCUCCUGGCCUGGAUUCCAGGAAUCUCAUUCCCCCUUCCCCGCACUCACUCUGCCACAGGCCGCCUGACCUCGGGGCCUUGACCUCUUAUCUCAAAUAAGCCAUAGUGGGGAGAGGUCUCAAGGGGGUGAGGAAGCAGCCCUGUCCUGCCCGGUCACCCUCGAUGCUUCCGGAGCCGGGACCUCACCAUCUGAGUCUUCCGCCCCUGAUAAAUGCGCAUGCGCGCACACUCACACAUUUCCCCCACCCCCCACUUCUGGUGGAGGGGGCAAGGGGAGGGGUGCAGAGAGAAGACAAACAAUUCUGGACCAGACAGUGCUGGACACCUUUUUAUCCCUGCCCCUCCCGGGCUCUACACCAGACCCCCCCUCCCCCCCAGUUCCUUGGUGAGGACAGCGGUGGAGUGGUAACUUGGUAUUUUUUGGAAUAAACAGAUGUUUCCUGA